AGUAUUUCAUAUUCGUUAUGGUGAAUUAUCCUCAUUCUGCACUAUCAAACAAAAAUAAGAAACGUUAAAAUCAAUUCUAUAUAUAUCCAGAGACAUACUUUCAUUAAUGACCCAAAAUAGGAGGUGGGGGAUCGAAGAACUAUCUUUUUUCUCUGUUCUUCACAAUAAAUUAGACGAAAUUACACGUGUUAAGAAAGCAGUAUCUGUGACCGACCAUUUUGUUAAAAAAUAGGUGGCACUGAAACUCUAGAGACUUUUAAGUGUACUAUAUAGUGAUAGAAAAUCUUUUAACUUUGGAAUUAAAUCACUGUGUUAAUCAAACCCCACCAUGAUAUAACUUGUUAGAGAGAGAAAUCUCACAUUCUGUGACUGAGGAAGCAGAAGAAAGCCCUGAAAAGGAGAAGUUACUAAGAAAAGGGGUGAUCUUUGAAGGUAAAGCAGAGUCAAUCAUCCACUGCUACAAGAGGCAGGAGUGAGUUGUGUUCUGAAAAUCCCUGAGAUGGAGGAAGUGAAUGGACCCAGAUUGUACUGUUGCUCUAAUUGUAGAAACCAUGUUGCCCUUCAUGAUGAUGUGAUUUCAAAGGCUUUUCAGGGGAAAAGUGGGAGAGCAUUUCUGUUUGGUCAUGCAUUGAAUGUUAGUGUGGGAUCAAAAGAAGACAGAGAACUAAUGACAGGUCUCCACACUGUUGCUGAUGUCUAUUGUUCUGACUGCAAACAAGUUCUUGGUUGGAAGUAUGAGAGAGCCUAUGAGGAAUCUCAGAAGUACAAGGAAGGCAAGUUUGUUCUUGAGAAGGCUAAAAUUGUCAGGGAAAACUGCUACUAAGCAUUUUAAACUGCUUCUUAUGUGUUUGUCAUUAUGCUCAUUUCACCAUUUUUACACUCAUUGUUGGAAUAAAACAAAAAUGGGACCCUCCACUUUCUCUCUACCACUCCACCGAAAGUUGAAGCCAAAA